AUGGCGAAGUGCACCGUUAACCCUCAACAAAUGUUCAUCUCAGAGACUCCAUUUAUCUCGAGUGUAACUGUAUAUGAUCUACUAGUUAUGCUCUCAUCUGCUUUUACGAUAGUCGGCAGUGCUAUUACUGCUCAUCUUAUAUACGGUCACGCUACGAACUACACGAAGCCUAGGGAGCAGAAGCAAAUCAUUCGAAUCCUACUUAUCGUACCUAUUUUCUCACUUUGUUUCACCCUCGGCACUGUCUUCUACCGCAGCAAUGUAUAUUUCGCGAGCGUGUACGAGGCUUACGAAUCUCUUGCAAUCGUUGCCUUCUUUCUCCUUCUGUGCCAAUACAUUCAGCCGAACUUACGCGCUCUCCGGAACUAUUUUGCCGAGACCGAAACAAAACCUUGGAUUAUUGUGGUUCGCUUCUUUAUGAUUCAUUUAGGCAAAAAUAAAAGAGGAGUAACAGCGGAUGGUUUCAAGUGGCUCAAGAUCAUUUGGGUUGGAGUUGUACAGUUUGCUGUUGUCAAGAUCCUUAUCUCAGUUCUUAAAUGCAUUACGGAGGCCACGAAUGUCUACUGCGAUCACUCUAAGGACGUGAAAUACGCAAGCAUUUGGCUCAUGAUUUUUGGAAUAUUUUCCGUAGCAGGCGCUAUGACGUGCUUGUUUCAGUUCUUCUACCAGAGUCGAGAAAUAUUGUUUCAGCAUCAAGCCGUGCUUAAGUUCUUAGCAAUCAAAUUGGUUGUCAUCGUUUUCUACACUGAAGGGUUUAUCUUCGAUCAACUGUUAGGAAAGGAUGGACCCAUCAACCCUUCCCAGUUUAUCUCGUAUGCUUCCUGGUCUGUGGGAAUUCCUAAUUGUCUAUCCGCCUUUCAAAUGACACUUCUGUCGAUCAUGCAUCUAUGGGCAUAUCCUUUCGGCGUGUACAAAGUAAAGAGCUUGAACGAACAACUUCCAGGCUUGACUCAUCAAGUAGAAACCAUUGACACUGCCGUCAUGGGCGAUGGUUCGGCUAAUCUGGAGACCGAACCUUCAGGCGCCGCGGAAAAUCGCAGUCUAGCUGGCUGGCGGGCUCUAGUAGACACGAUCAACUUGAUGGAUGUCGCGGAAGCAACGCUGCUGGCUGCAAAGUAUCUUGUUGGCCGUUGA